AUUAAUUACGCAGUCUUUGACUUUACUCUGCUUUGUAUCUCGAACACCCCAAUUUGUGAAAAUGAAUUUCUUCCACUCGACUUCAUUAUAAUUCCUGAAAUACCUUUCACGAGCGGACAGAGUAUAAAGGCAAUUAUUACUGCAUUAUACUUAUUUAUACAUUUAGCAGAAAGUAAUUACGUUUAUUAAUAAUCAUAACUAAAUUUAUUUUUAAAUUAUACUUUGAACGUCGCGCUGAUAAUCGUUUCAAGCUUUAUUUGAUAAAAUGAAAUGUUUAUCCUCAAUUACAGAUAAUCAUUAGAACAUUCAACGCAGAAACGAGAAUGACUCUUGGACUAUUCAUCGAUAACUCAAAGAACGAAAGCAAUAAAUAUUCAUGGAACGAUGAAGAUAUUCAAAGCUUCAAAGAGAUGAUAAAAAAAGAGAAUAUAAAUUGUCGUAUGGACGACAUAUUCCUCUUGAGCUUCCUCAGAGCCAGAAAAUUCGAUAGAGAAAGAGCUCUUAAAUUAUUAAAAAAUUAUUACUCCGUAAGAGAAAGAUAUCCGGAUUACUUUAAGGAUUAUAAUCCUUUGGCUGUAAAGGAAGCUUUAGAUAUGAAAAUAUACGGAUAUCUUCGUCAAACUGAUCAGGAAGGGAGAGUAAUAGGAAUCGGAAAAACUCGUUAUUGGGAUCCUUGUAAAGUUCACCUGAAGCAAUUAUUAAGAAGUUCAUUAAUGUUUUACGACAUGUUACUGCAUGAACACGUAAUGCAAGUGAAUGGUUACGUUGUGAUCUUCGAUUCUGAAGGCAUGACUUGGAGGCACGUCAUCCAACUUACACCGAGCUUAAUCCAUUCCAUAAUUUCGAUAAUGCUUAAUUCCACUCCAGUUAGAUAUAAAGCAGUUCACGUAAUGAAUGUUGGAAAAUUUGUAUACCUAUUUAUGUCAGCAUUUAUGCCAUUUUUACCAUACAAAAUAAAGAAAAGAAUUCACUUUCACAGUUCCGGAAUGGAAUCAUUGCACAAGUUCAUAGAUCCUAAAUAUUUACCUGUCGAAUAUGGAGGUGAAUUGCCAUCAUGCGAUCCUGCUGAAUGCAACGAUAAACUGUUGGAAUUCCAAGAGUUUUUUGAAGAACAAGAAAAAUCUUGGAACAAAAGUAGUAAAGAGAACAGUAUUAGGGCAAUGCAUCAUUUGGGCAAUCUGCCUAGAAUGACUCUUGGACUAUUCAUUGAUAACUCAAAGAAUGAAAACAAUAAAUAUUUGUGGAACGAUGAAGAUAUUCAAAACUUCAAAGAGAUGAUAAGAAAAGAGAAUAUAAAUUGUCGUAUGGACGACAUAUUCCUCUUGAGCUUCCUCAGAGCCAGAAAAUUCGAUAGAGAAAGAGCUCUUAAAUUAUUAAAAAAUUAUUACUCCGUAAGAGAAAGAUAUCCGGAUUACUUUAAUGAUUUUAAUCCUUUAGCUGUAAAGGAAUCUUUAGAUACGAAAACAUAUGCAUUUCUUCGACAAACUGAUCAGGAAGGACGAGUAAUAGGAAUCGCAAAAACUCGUGGUUGGGACCCACAAAAAAUUCACAUUAAACAAUUAUUAAAAAGUACAUUAAUGUUUUACGACAUGAUGUUGCAUGAACACGUAAUGCAAGUGAAUGGUUACGUUGUGAUCUUCGAUUCUGAAGGCGUAACUUGGAGGCACGUCAUACAACUUACGCCGAGCGUCAUCCAUUCCGUAAUUUCGAUAAUGCUUGGUUCCACUCCAGUUAGAUAUAAAGAAAUUCACAUAAUCAACGUUGGGAAAUUCUUAUACCUGUUUAUGGCAGCAUUUAUGCCGUUUCUACCAUACAAAAUCAAGAAAAGAAUUCACUUUCACAGUUCCGGAAUGGAAUCAUUGCACAAGUUCUUAGAUCCUAAAUAUUUACCUGUCGAAUUUGGAGGAGAAAAGCCACCAUUGAAUCCUGCUGAAUGUAACGAAAAACUACUAGAAUUCCAAGAGUUUUUUGAAGAACAAGAAAAAUUUUGGAACAAUAGUAGUAAAAAUAACAGUAGUAUAAAUUGAAUAUGUUCUAACUUGGCAUUCCGAUUGGCAUUAUGUUAGAUAGGAGACACUUAUG